AUGCAGGGAUAUGCAGGGAUAUUCCACCGAUCCUGGUUCUCGUCCCUAUCAGCUCUAUUCCAUACAGGUGCUACUGUGGUAGGCUACCAACGGGGGACUAACAAAAUUAAAGCAAAUCUAAGAUCAACUAACGGGGAAGAGGGCCGGAUAGAGUCGCCUGCCGAACCUGACUCAUUCGCCGCGAAACAACGAAAACAUGCUGGGGUGUUUGAAAGCGAUAUGAACCCUAGGUUAGGCAAAUCAAGAGGAAAGAAAAUAACCGCAGGAAUGAUAACAAUACUACGGACAUUCUCACUGAUAGCCGCCCCGGGCUAUCCGUUAACCUCCGAGCCUCUCUCACUCACCUGCAAAGUAAUCCGUAUUGAUGCAUCAAUUAACAAGCCAUAUAAUUACGGAACCCCACGAAAACAACCUCUUGGGCUUGAAUGA